AUGAAUACUACAAUAAGUAAAAGAAGAUCAAGAACUCCUCCCAGAUUUAGCAAGGUAACAGAGAGCUUGUACAUCAGUAACAAAGAAGCAGCCUACAACAGUACACUUUUACAUGCACAUCGGAUCACUUGUGUAAUCAAUGUGUCCUUAGAAGGUCCUGAAGGUUAUCCUCCUGUCCCAGAGUAUUUGCACGUACCUAUAGAAGAUAUGCCGGAGACCCCGUUACAUGAUUACUUUGCAACUGUAGCAGAUAAGAUCCAUGAAAUGGAAGCAAAUGGAGGAUGCACAUUAGUACAUUGUGUAGCUGGUAUCAGCAGAUCUGCUACACUCUGCCUUGCUUAUCUAAUGAAGCAUCGUGCAAUGACCUUGCUGGAAGCGCAUACCCACCUAAAGAAAUGUAGACCUUUUAUUGAGCCCAAUAUUGGUUUCUGGGGCCAGCUUAUUGGCUAUGAACUGCAGUUAUAUGGGAAAAAUACUGUCCAUUUGAUUACAUCUCCAAUAGGAAUUAUACCAUCUGUUUCUAAGGAAAGGACAAAGAAUAUGAUUCCACUGUGA